AUCUCAUAGCUAUGGAUUACCAAUUUUUUCAGUGGUGGAAACGGGCUUCCAUAAAUUAGUAAUAAUUUGUUGACUUGAAAUCCUGUUAAGUCACACAGUUUAAUUAUCUCGAUGUUCCAGGUUGAUGUAGACAUUUUUCUCGUUUCAUCUUUUGAGCCGGGUAUAAUUCCUCCCCUUCACGAGGUACGAACGUUUCCAUUUAUCACGUAGACUGGAAAAGCUGGAUGUAUUCCAAAUUUGGAAUGAGUGUGAAAAAUGUAUGCGAAGUGGAUUAUGUGAGUUCACAUUAUUAGAUUCGUAAGUAGUAUUCACGUAGUAUGAUGACGCAAUGUGAUGCCGUAUCCUUUCUCAUAAGUGUCAAGCGAACCUUACAUCAUGUCUCGAAAUGUUUUUCGUUUUUCGUCACAUGUUUCUCAAGUAGUAGACACGAGAGUUCUGGUUUUGUUCGCUGAAGCCAUCAAGCAGGUUUAUAAACGAAUCCGGGUGUUUUUAAUUGUCUUUCGUGCGGUUUAAAUGUCAACCCGCGAUGGUGUUGCUGUGGUUAGGGCGGCGAAUGCGAACAUAGGAGUACGACAGGGAUUUGGCGUUCAGGAGUCUCCCGACGGCUCCAAAUAUGAAGGAGUGUUUCUUGAUGGCCUUAAACACGGCAGCGGAAGAUACACCUGGAACAGUGGAGAGUUCUAUGAGGGCUCUUUCUACAAAGACUACAGACAUGGUGAUGGAGUGUAUUAUUGGCCAUCAGGCAACAAAUUCAUUGGCAAAUUCUACCUCAACUGGAGAGAAGGAUAUGGGAAACAUCUGUAUCCUGAUGGUGCCACAUUUAAGGGUUUGUACCAUGCUGACCAGAGGUUCGGUCCAGGUGUGCUGAGUGAACCAUCAGGACAUCAGGAUGUGGGUAUUUGGAAUGGGAAAUAUUUGAUCCAACUAUGUAACACUGUGGAAGACAGCUUCAGCCUGAAAAGCAUUCCUGAAUAUGCGGACUACUUGGCGCAAACUACUGCCUCACAUUCUCUAUGUCAGCCUCCUCAAACAGUUAUCUCUGAUCUUCGUGAACAUGCCAGGACAGAUUUUGAGGUAGACCAAGAUGACAAUUUGUUAUAUGAUGCCAAUACGAUUAUCCCUUCUGGAAUUGAGCAUUAUUCUACGGAUAGUGACCACCUACCAUUCCCCCCGGAGAAAAGAAGAGAGUUGGACCAACAUUUUUAUGGACAGCUGUGGGAGCCAGAUGAUCAUCCAUACCAAGGUUACAAAAGAGAACCACUCUCCACUCUGCCCUUAAAAACCCAAAUGUUGGCUCUCAUUCACAAACACAGACGACUGGCGGAAAACUUGGAUUGGGAUGUUGAAGCUGUUCUUUCGUUAAAAAGGGACAGAUUUGGUGAUAAGGGGCCUUUGGAAGUCACAUCAGAACUGUUGAUCCAGCAGGCUGCCAGAGGAGAACGACAAGCUGUUUUAAAGAUUCUUAUGGAUGGCCUCGUUCACCCUGAUGUAGCAGAUUCUCACGGACACACUGCACUUAUGGCUGCCACAAUUAACUCCAGAAAUGAUGUGAUUCACCUGUUGUUGGAUAUGGGUGCUGAAAUUGACAAGUUAAAUUUUGAGGGCAUGUCAGCCUUGUCUGUAUGUCAUAUCCUCUACUAUCCUUUUCGGUCUUUGUGCAUGUUUGCUGAAUCUCUAACCAAAUCGCAGGACAUCACUGGUGAGUUGAGUCUUACAGAAAAUCAAUCCAGUGGUAAUCAGAGGAAUGCACAACCACCAGAAGGCCCAAAUCAGCAGGAUGGUGACAAAGCCCUGACUCCAGCACAAACAUUUGCCUCCUGCUGUUCCAUGUACAGCUACAACAUAGAAGUCACAGAGGAAGUUCUGCAGGCUGCAGUUGAAGCUCUGAGUCGCACUGGGUUCCCUCAGCAUUUUGAUACUCAGGAGACUGCGCGUAGAAUGGCCGCAGUGAAGUUCAUGCACCGUGCUCGUUUGACCACACUAUAUCUCCUAUUGGAUCGAGGCGCUGACCCCAAUAAAUGCAGACUUCCCUUGCCUGUCCUUUUUCUGGCCAUUAUGGCGGGAGAUACUGAGACUGUCAGAAGACUUCUGCUGUGUGGAGCUCACACUGGUAUUUCUCUCCCAGAUGAGAUAAAAGGACUUUAUCCUCUGCACAUGGCUACAGCACUGCCAGGCCCAGAAGGUCCCAAAAUCAUAGAACUGCUGUUACAUGCAUUAUCCGAUCCAGAUGCACGGGCUGGUGACCAGGAUGAGAUUUACCUACAAGAUAUGGUGUGUAUGAUCAUAUUUAAAUUGCUAAAAAAAAUGAUGUAUGUCUUCACUGUUUUGCAGGAUUCCAUGACGGUAAAAAAACAAUGGUGGACCGAGAAUCCAUGUCCUGAAGAGGGAGGUCGAACACCUCUGCACGUGGCCUGCCAAAGAAACACUGAUCACAGUAAUGCAACCAAGGUGGUAUCCAUAUUGCUCUCACACAGUGCCAGGACAGACCUCCUUUGGAGUGGACAUUCACCUCUUUCCUUAGCAAUAUCAAGUGGCAAUGACAUGGCAGUGGCAGAGCUCUUGAAAGGAGGUGCAGAUCCCAACAUUCCCUUGAGUCAAGGAGUGGGCAGUGCCCUUUGUGCAGUCAGUAACUUCAGCUAUAAUUUGGAUGACCAAAGAGUAAAACUGUUGGACAUGUUAGAAAAGGCUGGUGCUGACAUAUUGAUGCCAGUUCAGGUGGGUGAUAUCAAGGGGACUGCAGUUGACUAUGCACACCACUCUUUUAACCAGGACUUGCGUAUUGCCAACACACCCUUCCAUACUCUCAAUAUGGAGGAGAGAGAAACAUUCAAAACACGGCGCCACCUACUGGGCAUCAUGGGAGAUCUGCUGAGAGAGGCAGCUGUUCAGAGAGAGAAGGAGCAAUUUGAGACAGAAAAGCGCCUUUUACAGAAUAGUGAGGGUGCAACUGUUGCCAAUGACAACAAACCUCCCAUGGCAAUGAAACAAAGGAAACUAUUUAAGUUCUGCUACCAUUGUGGUCGCUCUGCAGCGGUGACACUAACUGCCUGUACUCGUUGCCACAAGGUUCUUUACUGCUCAACGUACUGUAAACUAAAAGCAUGGAAUAAGGGACACAAGGAGGAGUGUGUCCGGGAGACUCUGGAAUAGACUUGACAUCAAACACUGCAACGUUCUUCGCAAUUUUUGGGGAAAAACUGCUGCCAAAUCAGGCAUCUUAAAAAAGGCUCAUGAUAUCCAUGAGCACUUGAGUUUAAUAUGCAAAUAAAGUAUAUUUUGUUAAAUUUGUUGAAAUCCUGUGCUU